UACCUUUGAAAUCAGCAUUUAUAAAUUUUAUAAAUAAGCAUUUAUAAAAGCACUUAUAAAUGCUCAUAGUAAAUCAACAAAUCAAUUAACAACCUACACUGUGCUUGGUUUUUAUGAUGUUCUCUUAAAUAUGUGCACACAUGCACACAAGUCUGUUACAGAAUGCUUUCCUGAGAUCCCCAAAAGCUACAAAGUGCUUGAGCUGUCUGGACUAGAGUCUCAGGAGGAGAUAGGCCACUAAAGAGCUGGUCUUCAAGAACAGCUGAUCUACACACACCUCUGGCCAGUAGCUGCAAUUAUUUAUGCUAGCAGCUGUGAAAAAGCUGCAGAGGGAUUCACACUUCUCAGUUAUAAUCCUUUGAUGAAGUUCAGGGUUAUGGCUACCAGACAAGGGCAACCUUUGUGCUGUUAAUUGUAACUGCCUAAUGUAACCAGUGUUUCACCUGAAGGGGGUGAAAAGUGAAAGUUUAGUUUAUAGUCUCCACUCUAUAAAGAGAAUGGAAAAGAAUGUGCUCAGAUCUCUCUUUUCUUGAGUAAGCUGGCCAGAAAUUCUCAGGAUGAACCACCAAAAUUAGGAAAAAUGGGAAUUUGUAGAAUGGUCUUCUAGGUAAUUGAGUAAAUUUCAAAACAGACUGAAUACAGUAAUUUCCAAUGUCACUUUGUCUGUCAAACACUAAUUCUUGAAUGUCAUUUUAGAGGGGUAAAAAGACUAAAGAUAAACAGUUUUUAUAAUUUCAUGAAAACUAGCAAGUGGCUGGAGAUGCAACACCCUAUUAUUAUUCACUGUGAAGGAAGCUAAUGAGAUCACCCUUCCUUAUACAUAAGACAGGUGGGGAAUCAGACAUCAAUAGCUAUGCUGCAUGGUGCUACUCUUUUUUUUUUAAAGCUUUCCAUGUUACAUUAUCUUCUGCCUUAAUUGCUAUAACUAGAGGAUGAAAUAGAAGAGUACAGUCAGGGUUUGGAAGGACUGCUGUCCCAUCUAGACAACAUUUCCAUUCAGUAUAACAGAUAACAUUAAAUGACCAAGCUCACUGUGAAUUAUAUGACUGGUUUGCAGAGGAUAAUGAGAGCAGAGCAGAAGCUGCACAUGGACUUCAACCAUUUUCAAACUCUCACUUCUUUUGGGAUCUUUACUAAACAAGUGGUUUCAUUUCUUCUUACAAAGCUGUAUUUAUAGAAAUGUGUCUACUGUCUAGUGUUUCACACUUCUUCCUUCUAUUGCUUUAACUUUAAUUCAACUGAACAGGCUUUUGUUUGAUUUUUUUUGAUUCACACAUUGUAUAUAAAAUAUCUACACUCUUAACUGCUGGAUUCCUGAGGCUGUUAUAUAGCAAUCCUUUUUAAAUGAUUGGGCAAUGCUGCAUACAAAACUGGAAGGAAACUAAAGAUCUGAUAUUGUGAUGAUUUGGUUUCUUAGGACCUUGCUUAAAAAAUGCUAUGACUCAAAUUAGAUAUUUUCUUGCUAUUUGAUUUAUGAGUGAUGAAACUAUAGCAAGAUAAUGUCCUUAACUGGUAAACAGAGUUAUGGCCUUCUAUGAAGCAAGUAUGAUCUCAUUGAAAAUGAAGAAAUUCUUUCAUUUCUUUUAACUUCGACAGCAACAAUAUUGUGCAAGCUGUCAGACUGUCUUAGCAAAAUAACUUAUAACUGAAUAGCCUGUGCUGAAAACUGCCUUUGAGGUGAAGUAUUGCUAAUAAUACGAUAAAAUAUUUAAUUUGGUGAUGAUGCUAAAUAAUUAACAAAUCUAACAUUCUCUGUGACAUGUAUCUUUUGGGACUAUGUAGAGCAUAAUGACACUAAGUUUAGGACAGUUUUCGAUUAUAAUAUCUUGAUUUUAUGACUUCUAGGUUCAGAUGACAUCCAGUAACACCAUGAUAUCAAGUCUGACUAAAAGUUUCUCAGGAUUUGUAAACUGUUCACACUGCUCCAGGCUAACAAAAAUGAUGUGAAAAAAAUACUAGCUUUUCUGAUUUGUAUUUUUUAUUAUUUUUUUCAAUUAAAAAAAUAUUUUCACGCAAAAAGCCCCGUAAGUCAUGCUUCACUUUUGUUGAAAAUAUAUUUUAUUUCAUCCUUUCUCCCUUUUGGAAGCUUGGACUUAACAUUCACCACAGCAAUGCCACCAGAAACACCACAAAAAAAAUUAUUUCCUCCCUGAGCUGGAGGAGUAGCUUGCUAUAAAUGACUGCUAUCUCAUUGCUGUUUAUGCAAUUAGAAAGCAAUCAUUAACAUGAAAGAAGGUUUCUAUUUCCUGUUCUGAACUGUGGUACAGGGGCUAUUAGCAAUUACUGGCAUAAAAGGUGCCCCUACAGGCAGCUCUCCAGAUGUUCUCAGUUUUUAAGAGUUACCAGCUUCAUGCCAGCCUGCCUGACCUCAGGCUUCUUUCUUUGCUAAGAGCUGGAUGGACGAAGGAAGCAAUUUGCAAUGCAAGAUAAUAACUUUAUUCAAUCUACUAACUUCUGAAAAAUGUUCUAUAUUCAUCUGUGCCAGUGAAUGACACAUUGUUUCUACUAACUAUAUUUUUGCACAUAUUCAUCUCUUUCAUAUAAGUUUCCUAUAAAGCUGCUGAAACUUGAAAUGAUGGAAGUUUUGCUGGAACAGAAACCAGUUAUUAAAAAUGGGAAGGAUACAAUUGCAGUCACUCUCAGUCAGAGCUGCAAUACCCCUCUCUGGGUACCCUCCACAUCAGGUAUUGAAGAGCAGAGCCAAUCUAGUAACAAAACAGUUUAGAAAGGAUUCACAGUAUAAGAGAGAUGGGACUAAUUAGGCAAGGAGCCAUUGAUCGUUGGGAGGUUUUUUUCAGGAGCAGAGGAAGGUGGCUGUCUUCCAAACCCUACAUUUCCUGAAAUACAAAGAAAAAAGCAGUAUCUAAUGUGGUAAUGUUUGGAUGCAGAUUGAAAGAUUGCUGCGCUGUAUGUUAUAGAGAACAAAAUUGAAAAAGACAGUUAAGUCAAAAGCUGUGAAGUAAAAAAAAAAAAAAAAUCUUUUUAAAAAUUAUGUUUGUGGAAUGAAACAGGAGCAUUUGAUGACAUUGAAGAUUCUGCAUGUGCUUAGGAAUGUGGCUGUGGCAACACAGAGUAAGGCUGGCAAGAGGCAUCUUUGUCAAAGACUUCCCAAAGUGCUUCAGUGAAACCAGAAAUAUGAACUGUAGUCAUUAAUUAGUUUUCUGCAUGAAUUCACUCUUAGUUUCUCUUUCUAAGGAUGUGACCUUAAAGACACUUGAAGUCCAGGGUAGCUUCCGUUUGAUGUAGCAGAUUGGCUCAGGCUCUAAGUCUCAGGACCAUUUUGCUUAAAUGCAAAGUAUCCUAAUGCAAAGGACCACAGCCAGAGGAACACAGCCAUCCCAAACUGCCUUUCAUAGUCAAUGGACACCUGCCUACAUACACUGAGAUAGGUAGGAUAGAUUGCUUUCUGCAGUUGUUUCUCCCUCUGUUGACUCCAAGAACUCAGGGAGAGUAGGCUCUUAUUAAGGUACCACAGGUGCUUAAAGCUAAAUUGGUUGAAACUUGCUCUAAUUACACAGACAAAACAGUUAUUUGUUUGAAGAUACUAUAUGAAACAAAACGUGAAUUCAAAAUGAGGAAUGUGUAUUUAUCUAAAGUAAAAUUUAAAAGUUACUUACCAUUUCAUUGACGGGUACAAUAUCACUAAUCUGAAGAGGAAUUCCCAGAGCUUAGUAAGACUAAUACAUAGUUUAACAGAACUAAUGUUUCAUAUAAUAUCCUAUCCAUCAAGAAAAACAUAUAUAAUGACUAAACCAGUAUUUGUUGGUUUACAAAAGUUAAAGCACAUAUGUUUGAGACGAAAUUAGUCCCCUCUUUGGAAGAGUGUAAGGUUUUCUUGAGAUGAUUCCAAGUAUUGACUUAGCCUCACAUUAAGAAAAAAAGAAACUACUAUGCUGACAGCUCUGCCUUCAUGUUCCAGCCUCUAAACCUGUAAUAAAUACAUAAAAAAUCUUUUACUGAAGUAAGGGUCUUUUUUUUAGGUUAAUAGUGGCUAUACUACUUCUCAGGUUGACUUCAGAAUCUAAAAGAAAUGGUGCAUAUGGUGCACUUUCCCCCACAGUAUGCCUUAAUCAUUGACCAGUAAGAGGUCAUUUUUUAUGCCCAGAGCAAUCCAUUUCUCCACAUAGCAAGAAGGACACCAAGCACUUGCACUCCAGGGUCACCUGAGCCUAUUUUAGCAAACUCCAAGAAAGAUGGCAUUUUGUCGUGGAAAAAUUACAAAAGCCUUCCUCUUAUUCUGUCUGGCCCAAAGCAGAAAAAGCAGCAAGAUUUAGACAAAAAAAAAAAAAAUAUGAAGGCAAGGAAACUUCAGCCUAUGACUACAGGAAUUUGGGCUGAUUGCAUGUUUGACCAAAGCGCUAUUUUUUUUAUAUUUGCAAGGUUGAAUCAAACACUUUCCUUUGUGAGACACAUUCUUAAUCUCACAACCUAGUUCUUCAGUUUUCUGCAUUCUAGAAAUUCUUAUAUUGGACUUGUGCUACUGAAAUGGUUUCAGGAAUGUUCCCUUCAUUAAAAAAAAAAAAAAAUCAAAACCUUACAAACAUCAAAACAAAAUACCAUCUUCAGUAUUAUUUUCUCAAAAGGAAAGAAAACUGUCUUAAUACUAGAGGAAUUAAAAAGAGGGGAUACACAUGUGCUCUCAGUCUGUAAAGAAAAAUUGCAGUUUCAAACAUUUUAAAUAUUUAAAAAAAUAAAAAAUAAGUUUGUUAAUAUAAACUUCUGCAUCAUAGCUGGUAGCUUAUUUAAUCCUCAGAGAGCUCUUUGUGUCUCAUGACUUCAGAAUGAAUUAAGAAACAGCUCAUCUCAGAGCCCAUUGUGCAUUCCCCUCAGUAUCAUUUUCUUCUUUUCCUACAAUUACUAGGAUUUAUUUUCUUCCCUUGAAAAUAGGAUUUUUGUCUCAUUUGAGUCCCUGCUAUUUAAUUCCUACUUGAAGUCAUAAUCCUCCCUGUCACAUCACUCCAAUCUCUUUGUAGCCAAUUCUGAUUUCACAGGCAGGAUUUUGACUUAGGAAGACCUGAUUAUUUAGGUACACCUUAUGUAGCAGGAUUUAGUCCUUCUGAAACAUACAAAGUAAGGAAUACUUCAGCCAGGCAAUUUUAAUGAACUAAACAUAAGGUACCAGCUGUGAAAGUUUGAGUUCCCGGCUAUCGCUUCUUAGUAACAUAUUAAUUAAGGAGUCAAUAGAGUGUACUCUUUUUCUUCCAAGAUACUGCUUUGGAAAGAUGUCUCUCUGAUAUACAGGCUGUCCACAAAAAUUUAAGGCGAGGCGAUCAUUUUUCCAGGAAAUGGUGUUAGAAAAGUCUCUAAACCUCAACUGGUUUCAAACCUCUGACUUAAAACAGACUAAAUGUUAUAACACUAUGUGGUAUCCAAAAUUGUCCAAAAAUAUAGGGUUUGUUUGGGGUUUUUUUUUUCCAUUUUUAAAUGAAACUUACAAAUUUCUGAAACAACUUUAAGAUUGCAACAGGAAUCCAUGUGUUUCUUUAAUGGCACCUGUUCUCAUGGGUUCUCCCUAUGGAUAGAAAAUUCUUUAUUGAGAGACUUCUAUUCAGGAAAAACUCUAAGGAAAAAAAAUCAGCUUAAGCCAGCAACUGAUUUUUGUAAAGCUAGACAUGUUAAAAAAUAAGAGCAGUUAUUGAUUGCAAAAAGAAUCUAUAGCUGACAAGGAAACCUCUUCAUUUUCAGGAAAGGAAGUCCUGUAUUAUUUUAUCAGUACUAAGCUGACAGGAUCAUAAAUUGGGAUUUAUUAAUUCUACAGGAAUGUCCUAUAGCACCAAACAAAACUUCCCAUUUCAUAUGGAAGAAUAUCCAUAACGUUGAAAGCUCAAUACCUAUAGUUGACCAACUGAUUCCAAUUUAAUGGAUUCAUUUAUAGGAUAUUAUGUACUGAAUAUUUGAACUAGAAAAAAAGUAACAAAGCAACAAACAAGUUCAGCAAAUAUACAGAAAGUAUUUUUUAUUUAAUUUGAAAUUUUAUAUCAAGUGACUUGAUAUUUGUAAUCAGUCAUCAUCACAAGUUUUCCUAUAUUAGAGUUUGCACUCAAACAUUUUUAAGCCUUUUCUCUCUGUGCUUUCAAGUAUUACUUGUAGGAACAGUUUAGGCUGUAGUUUAGGCUAGAAUACUGAAAGUGUUCAUCUUUUUCAUGGGAAUUUAGAAGUGACUAUAUAUUGAAGCUGAGCAUAUGAUUAAAAUAGAGAAAAGAGUUAACUCCCAAAGUUCAGUGUGUAUUUGGUUUAUUUUUGCUUUGGGUUUCUUUGGCAUAUACCUCAAACAGCUUAUCAGAGUGGAAGGUUUGGGUGUAAAAACUUCACAUAUAAAGGAACCUUUUUAUUCUGUGAUUCUUUUCAAAACCUCUCACUACUAAACGGAAACACAGGCAAAUUAGAAGGAGGAAUACCUUCUGGUAUCUUCUUGCAAGGUCUAUGAAGAAGACAUAGAGCGGUUUCAGAAUCUUGAUUGAAAAAUAUAGACCGUUCCCUCUAUUUAUCGGCACUAUCAGAGAGGCACGCAGAGCUCGGGAAAUCACGCGCCCGUCCAUCCCGGAGAUGCAGCGGUGCGGCGGGCUGGGCAGCGGCCGGAGGCGGCGGCGGGGCCGGGGCGGGCAGAGCGCGGGGGGCGCGGAGCGCGGCUCGCCCGGCCCGGCGGGAGCGCACUUCCCGUCAUCCACGCGCCAUCUAGCGUCCGCAAAAGGGACGCGGCUCGGCACGGGAGCGGAACGGAGAGGAGGAGGAAAAGGCUCCCACACCCGUCCCAGCCCUCGCCGUUCCCAAAGCUGUGGCUGGACCAGAACUAUCUCUAGAUUGACUCCCUUAGCUGCAAUAGGUGUUUGGAACCAUGGCGGCAGGUGUAGCAGCUUGGUUACCCUUUGCCAGGGCAGCAGCCAUAGGAUGGAUGCCAGUGGCUACUGGUCCCAUGCCAGCUGCUCCACGGCAGGAGAGAAAGCGAAGCCAGGACUCUCUGAUUGUGCUGAAUGUGAGUGGCAUCCAAUUCCAGACAUGGCUGGACACCUUAGAGCGCUACCCUGACACUCUGCUGGGCAGUUCAGAGCGGGACUUCUUCUACCACCCUGAGACACAGCAGUACUUUUUUGAUCGGGACCCUGACAUUUUCCGCCACAUUCUCAACUUCUACCGUACUGGGAAGCUUCAUUAUCCCCGCCAGGAGUGCAUCUCAGCUUAUGAUGAGGAGCUGGCCUUCUUUGGCAUCAUCCCUGAGAUCAUUGGUGACUGCUGUUAUGAGGAGUACAAGGAUCGCCGGCGUGAGAAUGCUGAGCGCCUGCAGGAUGAUGCUGAUACGGAUCAUGUAGCUGAGAGCUCCCUACCCUCAAUGACAGCUCGUCAGAGGAUGUGGCGGGCCUUUGAAAACCCACACACCAGUACCCUGGCUCUGGUCUUCUACUAUGUCACUGGUUUCUUCAUUGCCGUCUCUGUUAUUGCCAAUGUGGUGGAGACAGUGCCCUGUGGGGUAAGCCCGGGCCGCAUCAAAGAGCUGCCCUGUGGAGAGCGGUAUGCGGUGGCUUUCUUCUGUCUGGAUACUGCUUGUGUCAUGAUCUUCACAGUUGAAUAUCUCCUACGUCUGCUGGCAGCUCCUAGUCGCUAUAAAUUCGUGCGCAGUGUCAUGAGUAUCAUUGAUGUGGUGGCCAUUAUGCCAUACUACAUUGGCCUGGUCAUGACAGAUAACGAGGAUGUCAGUGGGGCUUUUGUGACAUUAAGAGUCUUUCGGGUCUUCAGGAUCUUUAAGUUUUCCCGCCACUCGCAGGGUCUGCGCAUCCUGGGCUAUACGCUGAAAAGUUGUGCCUCGGAGUUAGGCUUCCUCCUCUUCUCACUCACUAUGGCCAUCAUCAUCUUUGCCACAGUCAUGUACUAUGCAGAGAAAGGUUCAUCAGCCAGCAAGUUCACCAGCAUCCCUGCAGCCUUCUGGUACACCAUCGUCACCAUGACAACACUGGGGUAUGGUGACAUGGUGCCAAAGACAAUAGCUGGCAAGAUUUUUGGCUCAAUAUGCUCCCUGAGUGGGGUCUUGGUCAUUGCUCUGCCAGUUCCUGUAAUUGUCUCCAACUUCAGCCGUAUAUACCACCAGAACCAACGAGCAGACAAGCGCAGGGCACAAAAGAAAGCCAGGCUGGCUCGAAUCCGCGCAGCGAAGAGUGGGAGUGCUAAUGCCUACAUGCAGAGCAAACGAAAUGGCUUGCUGAGUAACCAGCUGCAGCAGUCCUCCAAUGAAGAAGAACAGGCCUUUGUUGGCAAAUCUGGCUCUUCCUUUGAAACACAGCACCACCACCUGCUUCACUGCCUGGAAAAAACCACGAACCACGAGUUUGUGGAUGAGCAAGUCUAUGAAGAGAGCUGUAUGGAGGUUUCCACAGUGAACAGACCGCCGAGCCACAGUCCCUCUCUCUCGUCCCAGCAAGGCGUGACCAGCACGUGCUGCUCGCGAAGACACAAGAAGACGUACCGCAUCCCCAACACCGCCCUCAGCGCCAGCCGCCCCGGCAGCGUGCAGGAGCUCAGCACCAUCCAGAUCAGAUGUGUGGAGAGGACGCCUCUGUCUAACAGCCGUUCCAGCUUAAAUGCCAAAGUGGAAGAGUGCGUUAAACUAAACUGUGAGCAGCCUUACGUCACUACAGCAAUAAUCAGCAUCCCAACACCUCCAGUCACCACACCUGAAGGAGAUGAUAGGCCAGACUCUCCCGAGUAUUCGGGAGGAAACAUUGUCAGAGUAUCUGCGUUAUAAAACAAAGAAUUAUUUAUAAAUUAGCAUAAAGACCACUUGCAAGCUGAGCUCGAGCAGUGAAAAACGAGUCAUGAGGAAUGAGAGAGCUGACAAAGACAACGCCCCUUGACAAGUGUGCCAGUGGCCGCAGAGCAAGAGGUUCAGGAGAAACAAACUUUGUGGGUUUUGGUGUCAUAGGGUGUGAAACAAAAGGAGUUUCUUACCCCCUGUCCGAACUGAUGCGCGGUGGAAUCUUCUGUGACCAUCCUGACUUACUAUAUGAGCACAAUGAAAUGUCCCCAUUGAUGCUUCUUCUUAUCAUGAAAGCUCUUUUUAGAAAAAAACACAAAUGAAAAAAUAGAAACCUAUGUUCCUGCUGAAUGCAAAACAACAAGAAACAUUUUGAUAACAUGUCUUUUUUUUUCCCUGUUAAUAAACUACAAACUUGUUGAAGAACUGUCAAAAAAUGAACGAGAAAAUGCUCAUAUGAAAUAUGUUUGUACUGACUGAAAGAACUACAACCAUAAUGCAUGCUGAAAAUUAUUUGAAGCUGUGAUCUCAGUUUACUUUUGUUGUUUUCCAGAUUAGGCAUGAUAAAAUAAUACCGUAGAAAGGGGCAUUUCCGUGCACUUACAACAAGCUGAUUGUUAAUGUUCCAUGGUAGUUGUACAAAUAACUUCCCUUUGAAAAAUGCAGUAUUUCUUACUCAAACUUCACUCAUUAGUGAACUAAAGGUGUUCAGUUAGUUCAAUAUUUACUAUUGUUUUAUCUUGCUUCCUAGGUACUGUUACAACUGCAAUAAGUCAUUGUACAUCUGUUGUAUCAGGAAUCAGGAUUUUUUUAAGGUAUUUUACACAACUUCAUCUACACUAUAAACUUCUAAUGGCAAACAUUUAAAUAAUCUUACAGCCAAACUGUGCACCACAAAUUGCAAUUCAGUCAUCGCUCCUUUUGUUCACUGUUCUCUAUUUCUCUGACACUUCAUUGCCCACUCCAACUCCACACAACUGUAUCAUUUGGGAUUUCAAGGACACUGAUGAAUCAACAGUCCAUUCUUCCACAGACAACUCGUCUACUUCUGUAUUUUCAGAGCAAACUUCUUGUCACAGUAAACUGCUACAGGAGCAAUCCUAUUUGAAUUAAAAUUACCACAAAUGUGUUUUGGGGAUCAGCUAACACUUGUCUCCAAAUGUUCCUUUCUUACAUUCUGCAGUAUCCAGAGUAUUAGCUACACUGGAAGACACUGAAAGACAUUCAGUAAAAAUGAUGGCCAAAUUAUUUUUGUAAUUAUCUGUAAACUUGCAUCUUAAAACUUGUUUGAGAAUUUAUAUUGUGUGAAAAAUAUUCAAUUACCUAAGAACAAGGAUAGAAUAAUGGAUUGAGUCCCAAAGCUAUAAAAAUAUGAUUGAUUUCAAUUGGAAUUUGCCUACAUGGGCAGGCCUAAAAGCUAAUAUGAAGGCUUUACAAGUUAAGGCUUCUUGGCUUCAUUUAUAAAAGACAUUGAUAUUAUCAGAAACCUUUCUGAUAAAAAAGUGUAAUUUUUCUUCAUGACAGUACAUUAGAUGUAUCAUAAUGCUUCUUAUAUUCAUGACAUACCAUACAUCAUAUACAUCAAAUAUCCACAGAAUAUGUGCAUAUCAAUACAUACAUAUAUACAUCAAAAACACUGGAUCAGAAAUAAUUGCAUGUCUGCAAAAUAAAAUAUGCAUAUAAAUCAAAACGCUCAGUGCAUUAGAUGCCAUUACAAUAAAUGAUUAACACAGUUAUUUAAUAGUUUGAGUAGUGUAUGUUUCAGUAUAGUAUUUGCUAGCAUUCUACUGACCUGAAAAUUUACAUUAAAAUACCCACUAAAAACUGAAACUUGCUGAUGAUACACUUUUUCUUGCACACAAAUACUGGUCUUUCUCUCUACCUGUCAACAGUGAAGAGUAGAUGAUAGACUAUCAUGCUAUAGUAUAUACACCAAAAUACAGCAUCACAUAUUAGAAUUAAACUGCAAGUAAAAAGAGUAGAUAAUGCCAUUCAUUACUCUUUUAUUUUAUCAUUUACUUAUUCUUGAGUUAAUGCAGUAUUGGUCAAUUUGCAAUUAACUUCCCAAUUAUUUUUUUUUUUUUUAAUCAGAAGGAUUUACUCAUUGUACACUGAGCUUCUGCAUUUCUUUCAAAGAUCCGAGAGCAGAAGCACGGCUGUGCUCUGAGCCAGAGGAAGGGCUCCUUCUGAGCAGCCCUGCCUAAGUCCAUUACCCAGCACUGCUCUCUCUUCCACCCUACAGCAGAUCUGCUGGAGCUGGUAGGUUACAUAAACUUUAAUGGAUUUAAAGGAGAGGCAGAACACAUCAGUUUUUACUUGCAUCCUACUUCUACGCAUGGUUACUCACACUUGGUCCCCACCUUUUGCCAAACAUUUAUUGAUAUAAAAACUGCCUCGAUGUCAGCAAACUGCAACAACUUCUUUAUGUCACGUGGUAUUCAUGACUAGUUAUAUCAGCUAAAUAAUGCAAAGGGGCAGUUACUAAACCUACUUUGGUACAGACUACACACAACCCAGGAAACCUACUGACUCCAUCAGGUCAUGUGUCUUUUAAAAGCUCUUUAUUCUCCUGUUCAUAGCCUCUAGAAAGAACGCACUACAGCAAUACACUUGCAUAACAGUUAUACCCCUAAAGCAACUUGUAUUUUCAUUUUAAAAAUGCAGCUUAAGAGAUAAUUUAGUAUGAUUUUUCAGAAUUCCAGUCCUGUCUUCUAUUUCCGUAUGUCACAAGCAAAACCAUUAAUUUAUUCUGAAUUUGGGAAAUACACAUUUUUUUGGUGUUUUAGGUGAUUUAAAUGCUGUUUUGGUAGUGAAUGACUGUUGAUGACUGUGUAAAAUGCAUCUGUACUGUACAUGAAAUGUAAUUAUUUCUGUGUAUCAUACAAAGAAACCAAGGUUGUUGUUUUGCCAGUUUUGUUUGACAGUCAUAUAUCGUAUUUCAGAAGGCAGCAUAAUACACGUGUUAUGCUGAAUAAAUAGACAUUUGAGGAAUAUUUAAAUAAAACAUCUGCAUGCUUGAAUGGGUCAA